UUUGCCUUUGUUUUAUCCAAAGACUCGAAUUCAAUCCAAUAUUCUUAGCGCCAAACACAGGACCAGAUGACAAUUUGAUUGAAUUGUAGAAAACAAAUGAUGACGAUGGAGGGCAUGAUGGAUACGGCGGUGCUGGAUGAUAUAAUCAGGCGUCUAUUGGAAGGGAAAGGAGGGAAACAGGUGAAGCUCUCCGAGGUUGAAAUUCGCCAGCUCUGCGUCAACGCCCGCCAAAUCUUCCUCUCUCGCCCCAAAGACAUUGAACUUACCGGAGACACUAUUUUUACAGGUGACAUACACGGUCAGUACCAAGACCUUUUGAGGCUCUUGGAAUAUGGUGGAUAUCCCCCAUCUGUAACUUACCUCUUUCUCGGAGAUUAUGUUGAUAGAGGCAAGCAGAGUUUGGAAACAAUAUGCUUAAUGCUCUUAUUGGCUUACAAAGUAAGGUUCAAUGUACGGCUUUGGAAGAGGAGGUUCAAUGUUCGGCUUUGGAAGAUAUUCACCGACUGCUUUAAUUGUUUGCCCGUUGCUGCACUCAUAGAUGAAAAGAUACUCUGCAUGCACGGUGGACUUUCUCCAGAGCUAAAAAAUUUGGACCAGAUUAGAGAGCUUUCGAGGCCAACUGAGGUUCCCGAUAGUGGUCUGCUAUGUGAUUUGCUUUGGUCCGAUCCUGAUGCCAAGAUUAAUGGCUGGGCUGAUAGCGAUAGGGGGGUUUCUUGUACCUUUGGGGCUGGUGCAGUUGCGGAGUUUUUGGAUAACAAUGAGUUGGAUCUCAUUUGCAGGGGUCAUCAGGUGGUGGAGGAUGGAUAUGAAUUCUUUGCCCAAAGAAGACUUGUGACUAUAUUUUCCGCCCCAAACUAUGAAUCGCUAAUAUGUUCGUUUGAGAUACUAAAACCUGCACCAAGCAAUUCAAAAGUUCCUCUAAAGAAGCCUCCCAAAAUUGGAGGCAGCAUGUAG